AUAUUGUUUCCCAACGUUUUUUGUUUCAACAGAUUUUUUUUUCGACUUUACUUUGGCCUUCGCUUGCGUAAAUAAGACGUUGACUAUAAAUUGCGCAGAAACCUUAGACCGAACGUCAGAGAUAGAUAAUAGAUAGUGUCGAGAUGAAGUUGACAAAGUUAAUGCUGGUUUUCCUGUGCCUCGGGCUUUACGUGACCCUAGUUGUGAGUGCCGAUACGGAUACAGAUACGGAUACGGAUUCGGCCACCGAUUCUGAUGACGAUGACGAAUCUUCAACGGAUGCCAGUUCCACGGAGAGUGCUGAUGAUGGUAGUAGUAGCGAUGUCGAUGAUACCGAUACAGAUUCCGAUACAGAUACAGAUACCGAUACAGAUACCGAUACAGAUGACGAUGAGGAUGAGACCACUACAGCAGCUCCAGUGGUGAAAAAGAAGAGGACCAACAACAAGAAGAAGGCCAACAGCAAUAGGAAGAAGGCCAACAAGAACAAGAAGAAGGCCAAUAACAAGAAGAAGGCCAACAACAAUCGCAGAAAGAAGAACAACAACAGGAGGAAGGCAACCAACAACAACAGGCGCAGAAACAACGCCAGAAGACGUGGUUAGAAUGGAAAAAAACCUUUACAAAAAAUCAACAGUAUCAAUACCAUGUGCUUUAAUAAAUACAAUUUUUUUUUUCAUGAUUAAAUAUUUAAUUGGGGUAUUGGUGUGGUUCAACUGCACACAAAAACGCUGCAUAUUUUUUCGGGAAU